CUUCCAGGCAAAUAUAUGACAUUUAUAAUAAACCCCCUGCAUUAUCAUAUUGUGACCAAGAACAGCAAGUAUCUGGAGUUUGCAGAGUUUGCAGAUCAAAUAUCAUCCCAAGCAUUUGAUCACCCGCCUGUUGUAAAUGGAAGUUGCCCAGGCCUAAAUGAACACGUGCACAGGAAUUAUCAAUAUCUUCUUGGCAAACCAUUGGACACACUGUCUCAUAAUAUGAUGAACAACCUCCAAAAUAUAUUUCAGAGCAAGUUCUCACAAAUGGUAGAUUGGGAGACGGGAAAAAUGCACAAGUUCUGCUUCUCUGUAAUAUUUGAAGCCAGCUUUAAAACAUUGUAUGGGAGGGAUCCUCAUCAGGAUGACUAUAGCGUUACUGAUGCAAUUGGAGAAAAAUUUCUCAAGUUUGAUGCCAACUUCUCCUAUUUGGCUCUAAACAUACCGAUUCAGUUUCUGGGAGCAACCAAGAGGGUCCGGAGAGAAAUCAUAAAUUUUUUAAAUCCAAAAAAGAUGGAGAGAUGGUUGGAAGUUUCUGAAGUGGUCCAAAACAGAAAAGAUGUAUUUGAAACCUAUAAGGUGCUUGGCGAUUAUGAGAAAGCAGCACAUCAUUUAGCCUUACUGUGGGCCUCUGUGGGAAACACAAUUCCUGCUACAUUCUGGGCGAUGUAUUAUCUGUUGAGGCACCCAGAAGCUUUUGCAAUGGUGCGUGACGAAAUUGACCAUUUGCUGCAGUCAACAGGUCAAGAGAGGAGGCCAGGAUACAACAUCUACCUCACCAGAGAACAAUUGGACAACCUGGUCUACCUAGAAAGUGCUAUAAAUGAGAGUUUACGAAUGUGUUCCUCUUCAAUGAAUAUCCGUGCAAUCAAAGAAAAUUUUAUUCUCAAGCUUGAAGAGAAUCAUGAAGUCAGUUUGAGAAAAGGAGAUUUUGUAGCAAUUUUUCCUCCAGUUCUGCACCUGGACCCUGAGAUCUACGAAGAUCCUAAGGCAUAUAAAUUUGACCGCUAUGUGGAAAACGGCAAGAAGAAAACAACCUUCUUCAAACAGGGAAAGAAGCUGAAAUACUUUCUAAUGCCUUUUGGCUCUGGAAGCAGCAUGUGUCCUGGCAGAUUCUUUGCAAUGAAUGAAAUUAAGCUGUUUCUGAUCUUAGCAUUGGUUUAUUUUGAUAUGGAAAUAAUGGAAGCCAAACAACUUGGACAGGAAAAGGAUAGAAUAGGCUUGGGUAUUUUAUUGCCAGAUUCUGACAUUAUUUUUCGUUAUAAGCUUAGGUCUUAAUACAGAACCUCUAAUGCUGAUAUAACUAAUGUCUUAAUCAAAUUAGUUCUGUCUUUUUUAUUAAAUAUAAUACAGCAUUUGUAUUUUCUGGGUGCCUUUAUAGGUUUGCUGUAUUGCUAAGAGAACUUGAUACUAAAACUGAAAUCCUUUGCUGGAAAGUAAAAUCUACUCACAUGGUUCAGAGUAAACAUAAAUAAGAGUCACCUUUUCUGUAGACUCUGGAAGAAUCCCAAGAAUAAGUAUUGCUUAUAUUUGUAUCCUGCUAUUGCUGGCCUAAGGUAUAAUAACAAGGAUUUAUCUUUUGUUCCUACAUACACAUAAAAGCAAAAUGUCAAAAAGGCUAAAUGCUUUGUCCAUGUUGAGGUAUUUUUGUUUUGUAGCCAACAGUUUCCUUCUACUGAGGAGUCUAAUGUUCUCACUAUGAUACAGCAUGUCAAAAGUUGGGAAACUUGCACUUCCAGGGGAGAAAUGGCAAACUGAAGAUGGCUCCACUGAGACUGGAGUGGAUGACUGUGGCAGAAUGAAGAGCCAGUGAAUAGACCAACUUUUCACGAUUCCUCUCCAGGCAAGGAAAGGACCAGGAUCGCCCAUAAGUGCUCCAGACAGUUGCUCUUCACAAGGAGACCACAAAACAGCAGUCUCCAGCAGGUUUAGAGCUCUGGGAGUCAAGGGAACGCCAUUGUAGCCCAAACUGCAGUUAGGCACCUUUAAAAGGAUACUGGGUCCGCAUACUUGCUAUCUUAAUCACUUUUGGAAAUUGCUUGUUAACUGCUUUUUAGAUAUUAGGAACCUACAUAACAGCAAGAUAUUAGGGACCUUCAUAACAACAGUAAUGUAACCUUUACUACACUGGAUGAGUUUCCUUCAAUUCUUAGUGAAAGAAGUUUAAGGACUUCAAUAUAAUUUUA